AUGUCUAAAAUUGUGACGAAGUCCAAAACGAUUAACCUUGAAAUUCGUGAUUCAAACAGUUCCAUUGUAAAGCGGAUAACAUUUGACAAUUCAAGUAAUGAGUUAUCCCCAACAUUAAAAUUAGUAGCUUCUGACGGCGCGAAGGAAAUACGACAAGAUGUUAAACCACACGAGAUUUGGCAUUUAUUUAUCCCGAGAAUAUAUCAGGAAAAUAAAAAUAGGGCUGGAUUCAUAAACAAUAGGAGAAGAGAUUUAUUUAAUAUCAAUAAAACAGUUAUUAUUACUAUUUCAACGACAGAAAGUGGUGUAGUUUAUGUUCCACCAGAUAAAUUAGAGGGUUCAGAAAAAGAAGUUGAUUUAGAUCCUGAUGAAGAAUUUCAGGUAGAUGAAUCAAAUCAUGGCUUGUACCUGCUUAACUAUUCAGACACAGAAAAUGUGACACAGAACCUACUUACUGCAGUACUAAUUAGUAAUGUUACACUUGAUGCAAACGUAUACUUUAAAGAUGAAAAGCCAGAAACAAACACAAUUGCUAAUAGCACAGAAAUCCAAAGUAAUAUUAAUAUUAAAAAUGAAAGUGAUAAAGGAAAUCAAACUUUAUUUAUGUCAGAUGAAAUUUAUAAUCAUUUUAGACCCCUUGAAACAGAAUUACCAGAUGAUGAAAUGGCUCCUUUUAUAUUCUUUGGACAGAAAUUGGGUGGUCCAAUCAUUAGCGAUAACCUGACGAAUUCUCCAUCUUUCUCAGCAUCAACUAAAUCAGUUAAUUUUAUAGUUGCACCUCCUGAGAAGCGAAAGUUUAAUUCAAGAUAUUCAGCAACUGAAAAAUAUAAGAAUACAAAUGCGGGUGAAGACGAAAUUAAUGAAGAUAUGGACGUGUCAGUGGUCAAAAAUGUUAUAGAAAAAAAUAAGAUUAGAAAUACUGUUAAAGGCCCCGCACCAGCUCGACCUGUUGGCUUAGUUAAUGCGUAUAGAAAAUACUCCAGUACUACACAAACAACACCCAAAUCACCUAAUAUAGCAGAGUUAUACGUCACUGAACCAGUAUUGCAAAACGUGACUCCCAGUUCUUUUGGAAAUAUGACUAUUUACAAUAAUACGCUCAAGGAAACUGUAAAACAUAAUGUGAAUAUUACAAAAGAUGCUUCGUCUAAUAGAACGGCUACUAAUUCAGCACCAAAAAGCUUUCCUAGAAGCUACUUUAAUUUAAGGAGGCGUCCUGCAAAAGUAUCUGCAUCAAGCACUGAAAGUGUAACAGCGACAACAUUAAACUCUACUACAGAAAAGGCUUCUACGUCUGUCUACACAGCAGUUGUUACAUCUGUGUCUAUAACAUCGUCAAUGAAAGGACAAAAUAAAACUGACAAUAUGAAAGGAUCGGAAAAUGAUACAAUUGUUGACAUUGUAAAUGAUAAUAUUAAUGCCACCUUACCAAAAGAGUUGUUAAUAAAUGAUAAUAAAACUUCUACUAUUCCACCUACGACAGCUAGACCAUACAGACAUAGAAUUAGGAUACGAACUACAACGACUGAGAGUAGCUUCAAUCCAAAUCCCGUUCAAACUCUCCCAGCUGUUACCCUAAAGCCUAAUCCGUUAAUUAUUAGUGAAUUUACUACAAAAAUUCCAGACACGCAAGCAACAACGACGGCGAAGUUGCCUGAACAAUUAGCGAGCUUCAACCCUCAGAAAAAUUAUGAUAAUUCGUCUUAUGUAAGCACAGCAAAACCGAGGAAUAUUUUAAGAAGGCGAAGACCAACGACAACAACUACAAAUUUGCCGAUGGUGACAAAAAAUGAAAAUAUUCUUACCAUUUCAAUACCAACAACAACUUUAUCACCAGUUUCAACAUCUACGCAUGGAGUAGUCAUAGCAACCAUAUCAUUAAAUGAUAAUUCAAAAACAUCAUUGGUUUCUGGAGCCGCGCCGGUUUUCAUUUCGAAAAAUGUAUCCAAAAUAGAAAAUAACACGACUGUGGUCAAUACAACGAGAGGAAAAGGCAAAUAA